AUAGUCAUCUGAUCCGAAGAGCGCCUCCUGCCUACUCUGAUGGCGUCUACAUGCUCUCAGGCCAGAACAGGCCCAGCCCCCGAAAGCUCAGCCGACUGUUUAUGAAGGGAAUCGAUGGGCUGGCUUCCCUGACCAAUCGGACGGCUUUGCUGGCUUUCUUCGGGCAACUGGUCACAUCUGAGGUGGUGAUGGCCAGCGAGAGCGGCUGCCCCAUCGAGAUGCAUCACAUUGAAAUUGAAAAGUGCGACGAAAUGUACGACAAGGAGUGCAAAGGGAACCGGUACAUUCCGUUCCAUCGCGCUAGUUAUGAUAGGGAGACUGGGCAGAGCCCUAAUAGCCCUAGGGAACAGGUGAACCGCGCCAGCAGCUGGAUCGACGGCAGCUUCAUCUACAGUUCGAGCGAACCCUGGACGAACGCCAUGCGCUCCUUUGUGAAUGGCUCCUUCCUGACGGACGCCACUGGGAAAAUGCCGCUGCGCAACUACAAAAAGGUGCCCCUAUUCAACAGCCCCGCCCCCCAUAUGAUGAAGAUGCAAAGCACCGAGAAGCUCUUCAUGCUGGGAGACCCGCGCACCAACCAAAACCCCGCGCUGCUCACCCUAGGGAUUCUGUUCUUCCGUUGGCACAACGUGAUGGCCGAGCGCAUCCAGCGCACGAACCCCGCAUGGAGCGACGAAGACGUUUUCCAGAAGGCUCGCCGAGUCGUGGUCGCAACGCUGCAAAACAUCGUCCUGUACGAAUAUCUGCCCGCGUUCCUUGGCGAGGCUCUGCCACGGUAUACCGGGUACCAGCAGAACGUCCAUCCAGGUAUCACGCAUGUUUUCCAAAGCGCCGCCUUCCGGUUCGGGCACUCCCUCAUUCCCCCAGGGCUCUAUCGCAGAGACUCCAAAUGCAACUUCAAGAAAACUCCUAUGGGGCAUUUGGCGUUGAGGCUCUGCUCCACUUGGUGGGACUCCAAUGAGGUUCUAACGAACAACUCAAUCGAAGAACUGCUGAUGGGAAUGGCGUCUCAACUAGCGGAAAAGGAGGACUCGGUGCUCUGUUCGGACGUCAGGGACAAGCUAUUUGGCCCCAUGGAGUUCUCCAGACGCGAUUUGGGCGCCUUGAACAUAAUGAGGGGCCGCGACAACGGCCUGCCCGACUACAACACUGUUCGCGCGUUCUACGGCCUAUCGAGGCGCUCCAACUGGACGGAAAUCAACCCGGCGCUCUUCAAGGAAAAGCCGCAGUUGCUCGACACUUUAGCCAACGUCUACGCGAACAACAUUGACAAUGUGGAUGUUUAUGUGGGGGGGAUGCUGGAGAGUCUCGGACAUCCUGGGGAACUCUUCAGGACUGUCAUCAAGGAGCAAUUCGUGCGCCUCCGGGACUCCGAUCGGUUCUGGUUCGAGAACGAGGCCAAUGGAGUUUUCACUAAGCUGGAAAUUGAGGAAAUGCGCAAAGUCUCCCUGUGGGACGUGAUAGUGAACAGCACCUUCAUCACCCCGGGCGCCAUCCAGAGGAGCGUGUUUUUCUGGAACGACGGCGAUCCGUGCGCGCAGCCCAUGCAGCUGAACGUGAGCCUGAUGGAGCCCUGCCAGAUGAUCACUGGCUACGACUAUUUCGAAGGCAACGAGCUUGUGUACAUCUACGCCUGUGUCUUCCUGGGCUUUGUCCCCAUCGUGUGUGCCGGCGCUGGAUACGGCGUGGUCAAGCUGCAGAAUCGCCGCAGGCGACGCCUCAAGAUCAAACAGCAGGAACUGCAGACGAAGAACUGCAAACUGGCCGUCGAGACCAUGAUGGUCCAUGAGUGGCUGCACGCCAACCACAAGCGACUGGUCAAGAUCAAGUUCGGCCCGGAGGCGGUCGUUCACAUCAUCGGAAGAAAGGGCGAGAGUCUUCGCGUGGUCAACUUCAAAAACAUCGAGUCGGUGGUAGUGGAGGAAUCCCUAGAUGUCACUUCAGUGAAGAAGCCCAUGAUUCUCGUCCACGUCCAGAGGGAUCACGACUUGGUGCUGGAAUUCGAAUCGGUUGGCAGCAAGAAGAAGUUCAUCAGCAAGCUGGAGCUGUUUCUCAACUCCAACAAGAAGAGCUUGCUCUUGACUCAGGUGGUGCGCGAAAUAAUGUUGGCAAAGGCUGAAACCAAACAGCGCAGAGAGAAGAAGCUGGAGCACUUCUUCAGAGAGGCCUACGCUCUCACGUUCGGGCUGCGGCCGGGCGAAAAGCGCCGCGGCAGCAACGACACUACAGACGGCGAGGUAGUGACGGUGAUGAGAACGUCGCUGACCAAAUCCGAAUUUGCCAGCGCAUUGGGCAUGAAAACCGACGCCGUUUUCGUCACAAAAAUGUUCAACAUCGUGGACAAGGACGGGGACGGCCGGAUAUCCUUCCAGGAGUUCCUGGACACUGUUGUCCUCUUCUCCAGAGGCAAAACCGACGACAAACUGCGGAUAAUCUUCGACAUGUGCGAUAAUGACCGCAACGGCGUCAUCGACAAGGAGGAGUUCUCGGAGAUGCUGAGAAGUCUGGUGGAAAUCGCUAGAACCACCAGUUUAUCCGAUCAUCACGUCACUGAGCUCAUAGAUGGAAUGUUCCAGGACGCAGGCCUGCAAAACAAAAACUACUUGACCUACCAGGACUUUAAGGAUAUGAUGCGCGAGUACAACGGCGACUUCGUGGCGAUAGGCCUGGACUGUAAGGGGGCCAAGCAGAACUUCCUUGAUACCUCCACUAACGUGGCCAGGAUGACCAGCUUCCACAUCGAGCCCAGCAUCGACAGGGAAAAGUCCUGGCUCCGACUCAAGUGGGACAGUCUGACCACUUUCCUUGAGGAGAACCGGCAGAACAUAUUCUACUUGUUCAUUUUCUAUGUGAUAAUGGGGGUGGGAAUUGCCAUCACCCGAGGCUCGGCUGCUUCACUCUCCUUCUGCUACUCCAUUCUCCUGCUCACCAUGUCCAGGAACCUCAUCACGAAGCUGAAAGAGUUCUCCAUCCAGCAGUACAUACCUUUGGACGCCAACAUCCAGUUCCACAAAAUAGCGGCUUGCACUGCGCUCUUCUUCUCGGUACUGCACACUGUGGGCCACAUAGUGAACUUCUACCACGUCUCCACCCAGCCGGUGGAGAACCUCAAAUGCUUAACCAGCGAAAUCCGAUUCCCUUCCGACUACAAGCCGGGCAUCAGCUUCUGGUUGUUUCAAACUCUCACUGGCCUAUCUGGGGUGCUGCUCUUUGUAAUAAUGUGCGUGAUCAUCGUGUUCGCUCAUCCCACCAUCAGGAAGAAAGCCUACAAGUUCUUCUGGUUCACACAUAGUCUCUACGUGCUACUCUAUGCCUUGUGCUUGGUCCAUGGCCUGGCCCGUCUAACAGGAGCGCCUAGAUUUUGGAUGUUCUUCCUUGGCCCAGGGAUUGUUUUCACUCUGGACAAAGUAGUCAGUAUGCGCACCAGAUACAUUCCCCUUGAUGUUCUCGAAACCGAACUUCUGCCCUCGGACGUGAUCAAGAUCAAGUUCUACCGACCGCCCAACUUGAAGUAUCUCUCCGGCCAAUGGGUGCGUUUGGCAUGCACAGCCUUCAAAGACCGCGAGUUCCACUCCUUCACCUUAACAUCUGCGCCUCAUGAGAACUUCCUGUCCUGCCACAUCAAGGCUCAAGGCCCAUGGACGUGGAAGUUGCGCAACUACUUCGACCCGUGCAACUACAACUUGGAGGACCAGCCGAAGAUCCUACUGGAGGGCCCGUUCGGAGGUGGCAACCAGGAUUGGUACAAGUUUGAGGUGGCUGUAAUGGUGGGCGGGGGCAUUGGAGUGACGCCCUAUGCCUCAAUUCUCAAUGAUCUGGUGUUCGGCACUUCUACGAAUCGAUAUUCGGGCGUUGCCUGUAAAAAGGUCUACUUCCUGUGGAUCUGCCCCUCACACAAGCACUUCGAGUGGUUCAUCGACGUGCUUCGCGACGUGGAAAAAAAGGACGUUACCAAUGUGCUGGAGAUUCACAUAUUCAUCACCCAAUUCUUCCACAAGUUCGACUUGAGGACCACGAUGUUGUAUAUUUGCGAAAACCACUUCCAAAGGCUUUCGAAGACGUCGAUUUUCACGGGGCUGAAGGCGGUCAAUCACUUCGGCCGACCCGAUAUGACGUCGUUCUUGAAAUUCGUUCAAAAAAGGCACAGCUAUGUGAGCAAAAUCGGGGUGUUUAGCUGCGGGCCCAGGCCGUUGACGAAAAGCGUUAUGUCGGCCUGCGACGAAGUGAACAUGGGCAGAAAACUGCCCUAUUUCAUCCACCACUUUGAGAACUUCGGAUAAUCGCUCAGAACCGCUUUGGUUACUGCCGAUGUGUACAUAUUUUGCAAAAAAGUCUGAGGCAAAUACAACGAGAGUUUCAAAUAUGUACUUAGAAGCCGUGUGAUUUUAUAUAAAUGAAUUAUUUUUGUUAAAACUGUAAAAAUGUCCGUGUAAUUAUUUAAAUUUUAUAACAAA